AAAAAUACAAAUGACAAUAGACAGUGACAGUUUGAGAUUUUGAUUUGUGAUUUGUACGGCAUUUCGCGCGCAACGGAAAUUCAGAAAUAACAUAGUUUUUAAAUAUUGUAUUUUAUUAAACCCACCUAAUUUAAUGAGAUAAAGCAGAAAAGUUAAUGAUUAUUAUUUUAUUGAGAUUCAACACAACUUAAAAAAAUGUCUUAUCAGUUGUCCGAGGGUUCUUUGGAGAUAAUUAUGAAUGGGGGCCAGUACGAUAAGCCAAUAAUGCAAGUGUUGGGCAGCAAAAAAAUUCAAGGUAGCGGAGCUAACGAAAGGUUUAGGUUACUUGUUUCUGAUGGCAAACAUUCACACAGCUUUGCCAUGCUUGCGACACAACUGCACGACAAGCUAAUCACCGGAGAGCUGUCCGAUUACUCUGUCGUACAAAUUGAUAGAUUUAUAACAUCUCUACUGAAGAUGACUGGAAAAGGAGAAAAGCGUGUAAUGAUAAUUUUGGACCUUACAAUCAUAGCUCCCGGCAGUCAAGUGGGCAAAACAUUAGGCACUCCCAAGACAUGGUCUGAGGAGACAGCUUCAUCUAAACCUCAACCACAGCAAGCUCCCAAACAGAAUCAUGCACCGGCACCAAUGUCCAUGCCAAAACCUGUGCCUGCUCCUGCAAAUUUGGACUCUAGCAUACUAAACUCAAAGAUGACACACCCUAUUGCCAGUUUGAGCCCUUAUCAAAACAAGUGGGUGAUCAAAGUGCGUGUCAUGUCUAAGUCGCCAAUACGAACAUGGAGUAAUGCUAAAGGAGAAGGAAAAUUGUUCAGUAUGGACCUCUGUGAUGAGUCUGGUGAAAUUAGAGCAACAGCAUUUAAAAACGAAUGUGACAAGUUCUAUGAUAUGAUACAGGUAGACAAUGUCUACUACAUCAGCCGCUGCAGUCUUAAAACAGCGAAUAAACGAUUCUCGACUUUAAAGAAUGAUUAUGAGAUGUCGUUCACGCCGGAGACAGUGGUGGCCGAGUGCACGGAGGACACGUCGUCCAUGCCUGGAAUACAGUAUGACUUCAUACCCAUCAACAAGAUUGCUGAUAAAGACCCCGACACUAUAUUGGAUGUUAUUGGUGUUUGUAAGUUUGCAUCUGAUAUGCAAGAGUUGACAGCAAAAAGCACAGGCAGGUUGCUCAAGAAAAGGGAGGUCACAAUCGUAGACUCGUCGGGUGGGGCGGUGGUCCUUACAUUGUGGGGGAAUGAGGCGGAAAGUUUCGACACUAAUGGAAAUCCAGUUAUUGCUGCAAAGGGCACCCGCAUCUCCGAGUUCAACGGCAGCAAGUCGCUAUCGUGUCUCAACAGCACGGUGCUACGGUUCAACCCCGACAUGCCCGAGGCGCAUGCGCUGAGGGGCUGGUACGAUAACGGCGGCGCCGACCUCGACGUCGUCAACAUUUCCGCCAAGGUUGGUGGAUACAGCGGCGGAUCGAACGAAUGGAUCACGUUCGCGGAAGCCGAGAGCCGUCAGUUAGGCUCCGGAGAGAAAGGCGAUUACUACAGCAUGCUCGGAGUGUUGACGUUUACAUUCUCAGACAACGCUGUAUAUAAGGCGUGCCCACAGGAGGCAUGCAACAAGAAACUUGUGGACCAGGAAAAUGGCCUCUUCAGAUGCGAGAAGUGUAACAGAGAGUUCCCUAACUACAAGUAUAGAAUACUGUUGGCGGCGAACGUGUCGGACCCGACGGGCGACCAGCGCGUGACCGCGUUCAACGAGUCGGCGGAGGUGAUGCUCGGGCGCAGCGCCGACGAGAUCGGACGCAUGUUCGAGUAUGAUAAGAGCGGCUACUCACAGCUCUUCGACGACGUCAAGUUCAAAACCUUCGUGUUCAAGUUCCGCGCUAAGAUGGAGACUUAUAGUGACGAAACGCGGUUGAAGACUACGGUGAUCAACGCCCAACCAGUCGACUACAAGGAGGGCAAUGCAAGAUUACUGAAAAGCAUAAAAUCCAUGACCGGUGUCGACGUCUAACAUUCAAAAUAUUCUCGUUUAAUCAAGUUUAGUUAUAUCCACUUUAUUUUUUUGUUCCGAUACAUCGCGGGCGAUAAUUGUUUUAAAAUUAUGAUCUUAUGUUAGGAAUCUACCAUUUAUAAUUGUGAAAUUAAUAUUUGCUUUGGAGUGUACAAUUAUAAUUUUUGUUUUAAAAGGUGGUUCAAACUGUAAUAAUGUUCCAAAGCAAUAUUUAUACGUAUACUGAUUGAUUCUAUAUUAUAUGUGUAUUCUAAAAUGUUACUGCUUAUCUCGUGCCUAAUAAAAUUGGGUUUAUAUUUA